UGUUUACAUACACGUGGUUUGGAGGUGUGUGUGGUGUGUGACAGUCAUAAGGAAUUAUAUUAAUUUGUGAGUAAUUAUUUAAUUUAAGGACUUAACGACCCUAAUUUGCUCCUCCUUUUGCCACUCAUCGUCUGAAUAACUCACCGUGUAUCCUAGAACCGUACGUAUCUGCAUGAUCAAGAUCUCAGAAUCUCAUCAUGUCCAACGCAGUGCCCGUAAUCACACUGGCCGAUGAGAAAAGCUCGAAACUAUCCUCAGAUUCCACACCUUUAAUUACUUUGGAUGCUGAUGGAGACUCAUCCUCAGCAACACCUGUUAUCACUCUAGACGAAUGUGAACCAGAAAAUGCAGAAGGACCAGCAAAAAAUGAUAAUGAAGGAUGCAUUACUCUGGACGCGGGUCAGGAACUACCCACCGAGGAGCUUGAUGGAACAAACGGCAAACGUGCCAAUAGUGAGGAGUUGUGCAGCGCUAAGAGACCUUGCGAUCAAAUCCAUUCUGGUCUUUCAGAGGAAGAUGUUGGGAUAACUCAGUACGUCAGCUCUGUCCCUGGCUUUGAAGCUGUGAUCAAACAGAGAUACUCUGAUUUUCAAGUGAAUGAGAUAGACCUAGAAGGCAACAUUGCAAAAUUAACGUCUUUAGCUGCACCACCACCGGAGAAAAAGGGUGAACCUACCCCAGCGGACAAAGAAGAAAUCCUAACCGUCAUGUCUGAAGAAAAUCUAAAAACACUUGAAGAAAUGAUUGCAGCAAACGAUAAAACCAAGACCAUUUUAGUAAAUGUCACAGCCCUUGCCAAAGAACAAAGGAAGAAGAUUCAUCAACUCCUGAAGUCUGUUUUUAGAGCAAAGGUUUUUAGUAAUACAGUUGAUAAGGAAAAUGAGAAGUUUAUUGAAAUUGGCAUCAAUUCCAAGAUAGAUGAUCGUUGGAAUCGGCAGACAUGGACCAGUGGAGAGUAUCUCCAUUUCAUUUUGCAUAAAGAAAAUAUGGAUCAUUCACAAACUGUUAGUUUGCUUGCGCAUUUGCUGAGGCUGAAACCAAACUUCAUCAGUGCUGCUGGAACAAAAGACAAGCGAGCGAAAACAACUCAGUGGAUAUCAGUGCGUAGAGUGAAAGCAGACAGAAUUGCUAACAUGAGGCUGAGAAGCAUCUGGUGCGGACAUUACUGUUACAAGAAAGAGCCGCUCAAACUUGGCGACCUCAGAGGAAAUCAGUUCAGAAUCGCUUUAAGAAAUGUCACGGCUGAUGAUGGUCAAAUCAAUGAGGUAAUAGAGUCUGUUAAACAGCGCGGAUUCAUCAAUUACUACGGCUUGCAGCGAUUUGGUUCCUCUGUUGUGGCACCCACUCAUGUAAUUGGUAAAACUAUUCUACAAAAAAAUUGGAAAGAGGCAGUUGAAUUGAUUUUAAAGCCAAGACCAAGAGAAAAAAAUGACCCUGAAAUGAGUGAAGCCAGGAAUACUUGGUGGAACACGAGAGAUACAAAGGCUGCUCUGCGCUGUCUAAGAAAACCUCAGAAAUCAAUUGAAGGAAAUUUAUUAUUGGCUUUGGACAAACUUGGACCAACCGCUUACCUCAAUUCUCUAGAGAAACUACCUCGGUGCACAGCUCUACUCUAUGUCCACGGUUAUCAGUCAUAUGUUUGGAAUCUGAUCGUCUCACGCAGAAUUGAAGAAUUCGGGCUGGCACCAAUUGCUGGAGAUUUGGUUCUAGCAGAUGAUAUAGAUCUAGAGGUUGUAACCAGCCGGGAAGAGCUACUUCCGGAAGCAAUUCUAGACCCUGAAAGUGAAGUGACCGAAGAAUCAAGAUCGGUCAUUGACAGCAAAACUAUUUCCUUCAAGGAUAAAACCAAUGCGGAUAAUAGUUCAAACGAUCCUGCAGAUGGUGUGCUGCAGACUGACUCUGGCACAAAUGAGAAAGAAAACGGGGAGAACAAGUCAGCAGAUGAUAUCAAACCACGAAAGUUGAAUGUAAGAAAAUUAACGCAAGAAGAUCUCCAGACUGCAAGGAUGGAAGAUAUCAUAUACCCUCUACCAGGGCAUGACAUCGAAUACCCAGACAAUGUGAUUGGGAGUUGGUACAAAGAAAUUCUGGAGCAAGAUAAUCUCACCUCCGCCAGCUUCAAACAAAGUGUCAAGUUAUUUUUCACUCCAGGAUCAUACAGAAAAAUGAUGUGCAUUCCUAAAGAUGUAUCAUGGUCAAUUAUGAAAUACAAUGAUGUAAAUGAGAACUUGAUUUUAUCGGAUUUGGAAGAAUUGAAAGGCUUGCCGAAGCCCAAAAGUGAAGAAGGUGGAUCUUUCAAAGCUAUUACAGUUAAAAUGUGCCUUCCCUCAUCUAGCUAUGCAACAAUGUUACUUAGAGAGAUCACAAAAUCUUCAACUUCUACUAGUCAUCAAGCCAGUCUAACUGCCAAAUCUAUGGUAGCAGCGGAAACAUGAGAGUCGGUGGCUGAUUUCUUCCAAGAUAAAUCCAAUGGAAAUUCAGCCAAAUCUAAGAAAUAUGGAGUCAAGGAGCUUUAUUAACUUUUUGCAGGAAUAUCCGAAAUCAAGGAGUCUUUGCUCACCGAAUUAUAAUGAAGAGAAGAAUCUAAAAUUUCUUCAAUCAUCACCCAUUCUCCAGAAUACUGCAAGAACUGCUCUCCUUUCUUCAAGUAUCUUGAAGACACAAUAAUUAACUCAACCUGGUCUGUUUUAUUUCUUUGACGUCGUACGUUAAAUGCAUUUGGGAGAAGGAUGUACAUUCUUAAAUUUUGAAUGGUUGAAAUGCAACAAGACUAGAUCAAUCAUUCAAUGUUUUUUUUUAUGAAUUGUUAUAAAGUACUGUUUAUACUAAUUGUACUAAUUGUUGUAAAGUGAUAUGUACCUAGUAAAACUGAUCUAAUUAAUUUGUA